UCGAUCAACUAUUAGCGCUCGUUUGUACUAUUCCGAAAGACUCGUGCUUUUGCUCCGGAAGGGGAGGAGACGGAGGAGACGGUUGUCCUUACAGCGUGAGUGCUAGUGUGGGGGAGAGACCAGCCUGAGGCCACGAAGGCUCUGGGGUGUGCCGGAUGGGGAGCUGCUAGGGUACGAAGGACUGAGAAUAUCGUGAGGGAAAUCGUUGUCGUUAGAGACGGUGAGGGGUGAAAGGAAGUAGAGUCGGGAACAGGUUAUACGCACGUCUGGCUCAACUAGGCAGUUCGGGGAACUCCGCAUGGACGAGUCGCAGGACUCCAGGGCUCGAGUCCUCUCAAUACUUUCUGGCGACAGUCGUUUCUUCGGAAUGCACAAUACAUGUAACUAUGCACACUGGACCAGAAUAAUAGUGUGGACAUACAGUAUGACAGCCGUGCGAACUGUCACAUUCGGAGACGAGUCACCAGUUUGCCCCACACUUUCGUAUCAAGUCAACGUCGUACUAAUUGCCUCUCCGAUGCUCGAGUUGUCUUCUUGCAGCGGUGAUGUUUUUGAGAACUAUGGCGAUCAGCGAGUUAGACUAGCCUGGAUCGAAGAGGCCGUAGCUGAUGCAUUCCUAUCAAAAUGGGCAACACAAGAGGAUGUAUGAUGCCUUAGCGAAACCAUAGCUGGACAGUUGCGACCCCUCAUGGAGUAGUCUCAACCGCUGUAUGAGUUAGCUAUACUCACACAAAAUAUUCAGGGUGAUAUGACGAAUAGGUAUUAGCUCAAGGGAUGUUAUUGGGAUCCAGAAAGGUCCGAUAAAUAUGUCAUCAUAACCAUACCUCCUCUUUUGCCUUUCCUUCGCUCAUGCUUGCAGAGCGACAUC